GAACAGAGGCUGCCGGACGCGGGGAACCGGCGAUCGCCGCAGUGGGGACGGGGACCGAACUCGCGAACCGGGCGGGGCUCAGAGAUUGGCCCCGCCCCCAACAGCUGCUCCCUCCCUAUAAAGGGGCCGGGCUCCGCUCAGCCUGCCGGUGGCUGCACUUCCUGGCAGAGGCGGAGACCGGUGGUGAGAGACGACCCCCAGCCCCCGCCCAGGUGCUGGGAUGGGGGAGGAAGAGGAGGAGAGGAGGCAGGUGCCGACUGAUGGGGGUGACCCCCCGGGUGCCCCCAGGCUGCCUGUGGGCCCCGUCACCCUGAACGUCGGCGGCAAAUUUUACAGCACCACGCUGGAGACCUUGACCCGCUUCCCCGACUCCAUGUUGGGGGCCAUGUUCCGGGGCCCCCGGCCGGCCCACACCGACCGGCGGGGCCACUACUUCAUCGACCGCGACGGCAAAGCCUUCCGGCACAUCCUCAACUUCCUGCGGCUGGGCCGCCUGGACCUGCCCGAGGGCUACUCGGAGCUGGCCCUGCUGCGGGCGGAGGCGGACUUCUACCAGAUCCGGCCCCUGCUGGCCGAGCUGGCCCGGCUGGUGGCCGAGCGCCGGCGGCACCGGGCCAACGCCGUGCUCCACGCUGACGUCGACUGCCAGGAGCGGCUGCUGCACUUCACUGUCCGGCGUGGGCCGCAGAAUUACGGCCUCAGCACCUGCCCGCUCCGCGUCUUCACCGCCAACGUCUUCUGCACCGACGGGCAAUUCUUGGAGCUGCUGGGCGCCCGGCUGGGCCGAGCUGGAGACGCCGGGGGAGCUGGUCGCCGGCUGAGCGAUCUUGCCGAGGCUGAAUCCAACCACCGGCUGGGCAUGGCUGGGGAUGGGGAGUCCGUUGCCGCCCAAGAGGAGGGAUCUGCUCACCCAUCCGUCUCCGUGGAGGAGGGGGAAGCCCGGAGCCGGCACCACCUGCGUCUGGAGUGGGCCCCGCGGCCCCUGGAGCUGCCUGAGGUGGAGUACGCCAAGCAGAAAGUGCGCCCUCUCCGCAUGGCGCCACCGGACGGGCGGGAGGUCCUCACGGCAGCGGAGUUCCUGGAGGAGGUGCUGAAGACGGCCCUGGACCAAGGCUUCCGGGUGGAUUCGGUCUUCCCUGACCCAGAGGACAUCCUCAACUCGCGUUCGCUGCGCUUUGUCCGCCACUGACCACAUGGAGGGGCAGAAGAACCAGCUGGGGUACAAGGGACGGGGGGGGCUGCUCUCACCUGACCACAGUGGUGGACGCUGAACCGAUUCUCUGCCUCCCGAUGGGUCCUGCGUCUCCGUUGCUGCCCUGGGUUUUGGGGAGCGGAGCCCAGCCGGGGUCCUGACCCACUUCCCCCACAGCUGGGAAAUGAAGACCCUGGGAUCGGAACCAGCCCCCUGACCGGCGGGGGGUGGGUCACAAGGGACUUCCAGCUGCCCCGCCCAGAGCUUGAGCUGCUGCUUGUGGGGGGCAAGGAGGGGAGGAUGGUGACCUUUUGGGGUGACUUAUUGGUUAAUGCCUGUAUCUGCACUUUAAGGUUAUGUUGCUAUUGUACGUUUCAUUCCCCACCCCCAUGGCCCUACCUUCCCCCCCUCCCCCCGCCACUGUAUGGGGGCAGCUGGGAGCCGGACUCCUGGGUUCUCUCCCUGGCUCU